AUGGGAGACAUGACAGAAGUUUUAGAAACAUUACCUUCUUACAAACAAUACACCGAAUUCAGCAAUGAUAUUGAUAAUGAUUUGAGUGAAUAUAGUAAUUAUUGCGAUGUAAUAAAAUCUCAUUUUGCAGAAUACCCAGGACUUGAAACAGUUUGCAAGAAAUUUGCAAGAAAUUUUACAUCCAUUUCUACUGUAUUUUUACACGAUAAAAACAAGGAUAAACGCUGUGAUUAUUUGAAUUAUUGGGUUUAUGACCAAAUAAUUAACAUUAUUAAGGGAAAAAGUGACCAUAUUUAUUAUAAAGCUUUUCCUAAAAUUCUUACUGUUUGGAACAAUAUGGAAAGCAGGGGAUAUUUUACAAAUAAAUGUAAUAGGGAUAAUAUUCUUCUUCAUGUUCCAGUAACAGAUAUUGUAAAGUGGAAGGAUUUACAUGAUUACUGUGAAGAUUUUGAAACUAUUAAACGUGAAAUUACUACGUUAGAUAAUGGAUGCAAUGAAUACUGUAAUUUCUUGUUAUCUAAGGUUGAUCUAUUUAAGCAUUUUGACGGUAUUUGUCCUAAUGCGAAUACAAGUAAAUGCCCAAAAUUUUUUGAAACAUGCAAAGAGUGCAAUCCUGAAACCUUAUUUAAAAAAUUAAAUUGUAAGGAGCAAACAGAAUGUAAUGCAACACCGAUAGUGCCAAGUACAAGGAUGGAAGUAGGAGGACAAACAUUACCAAAAGAACAUAUAUUACAAGGACAUGUAUCACAAGAACUAACAUCGCAGGAAGAUGGACGAGAAACUCCCAUAACGGGAGAGGACAAUUCAGCACCUUUCAAAUUUGAACUUUCUUCUUAUAACAGCAAUUUAAUCCUUGCUUCUCCACUCUUUGGAGCUUUGUCCUUUUUGUUUUUUUAUAAAUUUACGCCAUUAGGAACCUGGGUAGACACUAAUAUACUAAGAAAGAAAAAAAAUAUAGCACAUAAUUUUGAUGAAAACAUGAUGAGAGAAUUAUUUGAACAUCAAAAUGAACGCUUAGACAUCGAUUUACAAAACAGAAGAUAUAAUUUAAUAUAUAAUCCGAGUUUAAAUCUUUGA